GCGCCUGCUGUGGUGAUACCGGCUGCUUUGAUCAAAUGUACUCGAUGAAAUGGAAAGAUCGGGAACUUUGACAGAAUAUAAUGGUUAUAGUUUGUUCUCUGUUUCAUCGCGACUUAGAAAAUGCAAUUUCAGAGAUUUUAGGACGUUGUGAGCAAGAGGAGCGGCGAAACGCGGAUAUCCGCUGAAUAAGAAACAUCAGUCCGAGUUUACCGCUCCGCCCGCCCUCUUUGUUCCAGUUCAGUGUGUCCUAAACCUGAGUUCAUUGAUUCGGUUGUCAGGGCUGUGGCUGGACGGUGGAGCCAACAAGUAGUCGAGCUGUCAGUUACUUUACUACCAUGAUAUACAGACAUCUUCUCCCGUUGGUAGCUUUGAUACUGAGCGGGUCUGAAAUGACUCUCAGUGGUAACGUACUGGUGGUCCCCGGUGAAUACAGUCACUGGUACAACAUGCGCGUAAUCGUGGAUGAGCUGGUCGCUCGGAAUCACAGUGUGACUGUUCUGGUCCACUCAGCGUCAUCUUCGGUCAACUACACGGAAAAAGAGAACUUAAAAUACAUUAUUUUUGAGAUCAACAUAGAAAAACAAGAUGCAGUGAAUAUGUGGAAGAACUAUAUUAACUCUUCGAUGAACCAGACCGUCAUCAGGAUUGAGACUUUGUUGUUGUUUUGGAACGUGAUUUCUGAAAUUGAGAGAUAUGGCAGAUCAAUAUGUGACGGGAUGCUGCUCAAUCAAGAGCUCAUAGCUUCACUCAGGGCAUCACACUUUGAUGUACUUCUAUACGAUCCUGUGACGCCAUGCACUGAUCUAUUGGCAGAGAUCCUCGACCUGCCCCGGGUGAUGUCUUUAAGACUGCAUUUUGCAUACAGUAUGGAGAGAUUGUGCGGUCAGUUGCCAACACCACCGUCGUAUGUGCCCGCUGCUGCCACCCAAGGACAUCUCACUGACCACAUGAACUUCAUAGAGCGGGUGGAGAAUGUGCUGUUGUAUGUUGCUUUCACAGCGAUAUACAAACUGUCAAUGAUGUUCACGUUUGAUAAGUAUUACACCAACAUAACAGGCAAACCCACAACAAUGUGUGAAACUUUGGGAAAAACAGACAUCUGGUUAAUCAGAAGUUACUGGGACUUUGAGUAUCCAAGACCACUCCUGCCGAACUUCAAAUUUGUCGGGGGGCUGCACUGCAAGCCUGCAAAGCCACUUCCAAAGGAGAUGGAGGAGUUUGUUCAGAGCUCAGGGGAUGAUGGCAUUGUGGUGUUUUCCCUGGGCUCCAUGGUGAAAAGCCUCACCAAAGAGAGAGCCAACAUCAUCGCUUCAGCACUCGGGCAGAUCCCACAGAAGGUCUUGUGGCGGUAUAUGGGAGAGAAACCAGACACUCUUGCUCCAAACACAAGACUCUAUGACUGGAUUCCCCAGAAUGACUUACUAGGACAUCCUAAAACCAAGGCCUUCAUCACUCAUGGUGGGACUAAUGGUCUUUAUGAAGCUAUUUAUCAUGGUGUCCCAGUGGUGGGUAUUCCACUGUUUGGUGACCAGUCAGAUAAUCUGUUCCACAUGAAAACCAAAGGAGCAGCUGUUUUGCUUGAAUUCAACAAAAUGGAGACCAAAGACCUGAAGGACGGUCUCAUCGAAGUUAUUAAUAAUCCGUCGUACAAAGAGAGCAUCAUGAGGCUUUCCCGAAUCCACCAUGAUCAGCCGAUGAAGCCGCUGGACCAGGCUGUCUUCUGGAUCGAGUUUGUGAUGAACAACAAGGGGGCCAAGCACCUGAGGGUGGCGGCCCAUGACCUCACUUGGUACCAGUACCACUGCCUGGACGUCGCUGCCUUUUUGCUGUCCAUAGUCGCUCUGGUCACGUUCAUCUUUGUGAAAACGUGUGCUUGGUUCUUCCGUAAAUGUUGCAGAAGGACCUCAGCAAAGAGCAAAAAAGAGUGAAGAACUGAAUGAACAUCACUGUGUUAAUGACUACUGUGAUAUUUUCACAUUGGUUUAAAGUCUGAAGUACUGUAUUGUGCUGUAAUUGUACAGCAUACAUUCCUCAGGUAUUUAAUCCAAGAUUCUCAGCAAAUCCAUCACAGUGUGAUCAAACGUUUUAUAAAUCUGCUCUUGAGAGCACUCAAAGGGAUUUUAUUCAUAGCUUGUACAGUGUUUUGUUUUGAAUAACAUUAAAUUUUGAUUAUGCAAAUGUCAAAUCAACUUAUUUUUUUAAAUGCAGUAUGGCAUUCUACUUAUUUAAUGUAUUAGGUACAAUAUAUAACUCAUCCAGUGAAAGUGGCUGCUCUGUUUUAUAUGUUUUAAUAGAUGUACUGAAUUGUAAUGGAAAUUUUGCUGCAUAGUUGAAACUUGAAUGCCGAUAAACCUAAAAACUGACGAAAAU